AUUUUAUUCAAAAAUAUACACAGCUGAGAAUGAGUUAUCAACUUUAUCCCAAGCCUUUCCAAUUUUGUAAUUGAUUGAAAAUAUUUUUAGAUUAUUAUUUACCUUACCUUCGCCAAGUUGCCGUUCCUAUGAUUCCUCCUUAUAAUCCGAACAAUUACCCUCAACAAUUGAGCUCAUUUUAUCAUUAACUUAUAAUUGGAAACUCAUCAGACAAUUGUAUUGUGAUAGAGGAUGAUAAUGUAUUCUUAAUGUUUAUUAUUACUACUUAGAUUUAACAUCCACUGAACCAAAAUCAAUAAUCAAUAAUUUAAACGUAAACUAAUCGAGACUAGAUAGCUUAAUAGGAUUAGUUGAUGAUUCUAGAAUAGCCAUUAUAGAAACAGAUGAAAUAAAGUGACAAAUUAAAUGAAAAUGAACCACACAUUCGUAUAAGUGUCUUUAAACAGCAUUCAAGCCAAAUUGAUGCUGAAUACAUCCUCUAAUAUGACAGGUAAGUUUCUGAAUAAUAAUCAAUUAGAAUUUUGGGAAAUUAAUACAAAUAGGAAAUAACUAUAGGAAGAAAAAAAUUAUAGGAUGAUAGUUCAGAAAAUUGUGAUAUAUGUAAUUAUUUCAACUCCAAAACUUUAGAUUUGCCUCAUGGCGAUAAAAAUGUUGAAAAACUCCAUUGUAAACUUUCGACAGAAAAAGGAUUCUCGUAUUCAAACCUUCUAACCAAAUCAGUUCUUCUAUUUUUUUCAUUAUUUAAGUCAAAUAAGCAUGCUAGGAAAUUGCCAUUUUCAAUUAAAUAACAUAUCUACUCAUUUAUUAAGUAAUAAUAUUCAUAUCUCUUAGAGAAAAGCCUUAGUUUUAUUUAACAGAUAAUGCAACUAAGACAGGAACAUUCUUAAAAAUUAAGAAGGACAACUUAAAACUUAUGCAAUUACAUAAUACAUAUCUGAUUGGAGCUGAUACAUACUUUCAUAUUAUGGAAAUUAAAUCUAAGCCCAUAAAAAUCAAAUAAAAAAGAACCAAAGAUUUAAAUCAGUUCUACAAUGCUCUUGCAAAAGAACACAUAAGAAAAGGGGCUAAGAUUCAUGGGCUUUCAUUAGAAGAGAGUGAAUAGUUAAAUACUUUAAUAAAUGAAUUCAGAACUAAUAAUUUGAGAUAGAGAGCUCCACACAAAUUAAGUUAAUAUGAUAGACCCUAUUUGAAGUUUGCCUUCAAUAGUCCUUCUAUCAAUUAAAUUCAAACUCAUAUAUUCAUUGCCAAAUAUGAUGAAGAAUAUGUAUUUAAAAUUGGAAGAUCCCAAGAAUGUGAUGUCAUAAUUAAUAUUAAUACUGUUUCUAGAAGAUAAGCACAAAUAAUAUAUAAAAACAAUGAGUAUAUAUUUAUUUAUAUUCAGGUGGUUCAUACAUGAUGGUGAAGGUAUCAGAGAGUCGGCAAAUGGCACAUGGCAAUCUCUCCAAAAUUAUUCAACGAGAAAUCACGAAAAAAAAAUAUAAAGCAAGCCCAGGUUGAUUGAAGACUAAAUGGAGAUCAAAAUAAGUGAGAAUAUUGUUAAGUUUGAUUUUGUAAACUUUGGUGUUACUAAAAAGUAUUUAUUGUAAUCAUUUUAGGCGAAAACUUAAUUAGGCCUUAAUUCAAGAUUUACUUUGGUGAUUCAUUCUUAUAUGUAUUUAAAAAUUCAUCCA